ACUGUUCAAGGAAAUAUAAAUACUAUUUUCAAGCAGAUGAUAGAGUGGUCUACCAGAGAUAUCCAAAAGAAUCUAUAGAAUUGUAACGGUGGGAGAGGCAACAAUAUUGCUUUCAAGAGGAGAAUGAGUAAAUAAGUUUUGUAGUGUUUACACAGUGCUCCAUUACACUCAGAGAAGCUCUGUGAAUGUAAAUGACAACCCAGCUGAACUGUCGGCAUGCAGUAUUAAAUUUUAGGUAGCAAUAGCUAUGAAGUCUCACCUGAGUCAAACUAAACAUAUUGUUAGGGAAGCAAGCAAAUGCCUUGUGACUAUUCAGACAAAAGCCAAAGGAGUUGAUAAGUUAAACAUAGUAUAUUGUUAUUUCUGGUGAAGAGGCAGAGGAGUGAGAAACAGAAGGUGUACCUAGUACUAGAGGAUUAAUUCUUUGGGUUUUUUUUGUUUGUCUGUUUUUUGUUUUUAUGAGAGUGUCUCUCUGUGUAGCUCUGACUAUCCUGGAACUCAGCGUGUAAACUAGGCUGCCCUCUAACUCAUAGAGAUCUGCCUGUUUCUGCUUCUGCUGGGAUUAAAGGGGUGCAUCACCACACACACAGGCAGUAAUAUUCUAAUUCUUAAAUGGAAUAAUUGGCUCACAUUGGACUACAAUUAUGUUAUGUGUUCUUUGGUCUCUGAUGUUGGUAGCGUAAGGAGUCAGUCUUAUCUAGAGAUGAAUGACAUCGUAGAGAUGUCCAACUUCCUCUUUUCUGUACAUGAGCAAGCCAAGGCCUGGGGAGAUGCUUUGCCAAGGGCCACACAGCUAAUUAGCAGAAGAGCGGGAGCUGGGACCUGGACCUACUGGCACGGAUUCUGUUUGAGAGGCUGCAUUGAUAUUGAAGGGGGAAGUCAAGCAUUCCACUUCAGCAUCCAGUGGUACGUAGGGGAUUUAGUCAGCUCCGUGCCUCUCUGUUACCCAGCUUACUCCCUGGUGAAAGAAUGCAAAAGGUAAUUUUCUUCAGUGUUGAAAGCAGCAAACAAGAAAGCACAUGUGACAAAUCAGGCACAGUGUAUGUGUCUUGAAAAACAAAAGAACAAAAAAAGAAAAGAAAAGAAAACCGUUGUUUUCAUUGUAGGGCAAUGAUUUCACAGACAAGGAAAAUUUUUCAGCUGGCUGUGGUGACCCACACCUUUAAUCCCAGUACUGGGGAGGCAGAGGCAGGUGAAUUCGAGGCCAGUCUGAGCUGGUCUUACCACUGCAAGAAAUAUAACUAUCAUGUUGUAACGCAGCUAUAUUGAACUAACAUGAUACUGUUAAGGCAAACACUGCCUUUCUCAGGUGCCUGUGUCCUCAGGAAGCCUUGCAUUGUUAGUGGGAUGAUGACAACAGUUCUAUGAAAGUAAUGUUUUUUUUUUAAUUAGAUAAAAGGGUUUAAAUGCUAUCUAUUAUAAAAGAAAGCCUGGUUUUCUGCUAUUUGUAGCAUUAAUAGUUGAUCAUUGCUUCUUUAUUGCUUCUUUUUUCUGUCUUACAGAUCACCACUGUAACAUAUUAUCUAUUGUGCACGCCAGUGAUAUAGGCUUAUCUUACCUGCUUGUUUUUAAAUAUUGUGUGUGUGUGUGUGUGUACUGUGAGUAGGUGUGUGCUUGUGAGUGCACUGCCUGCAGAAGCCAGACGUUCCCUUGGAGAUGGUGGUACUGGCAGUUGUGACGCUCUGACAUGGGUGCUGGGACCCGAUCCCAGGUCCUCUGCAAGAAAAUUAAUUGCUGAGUCAUCUCCCCAGCCCUUACCUAACAAUUUAAAUGGCACAGAACGGGAUAAACAGACUAGUAAACUCAUCUUUUGUUUAUUUUGUUCAUCCCUUAUGUAGUCCUCCUCAGAGAAUCUGUUGUUUUCCUUUGGGGCUCUAAGCAACCUGAGUACGUAAGUCUUUGUCUCUUAAGCAAAAAUAGCACAUCUAACUUUUACCAUGAAAGUUACAUGAGAUUUAUUAGAAAAAGUCUUGCAUUUAGACAACAAAGGGAGUUUUAAAACAUCUGUAUUGGAACGUAAGAGGUGAAGCAUCUCUGUUUGCAGAUAUGAUGCCAAGCACAGAGCCAAGAAGUACAAAAAUAAACAGAUGGGACUGUGCGAAAUCUAAAUCUUUGUCAUCAAAGGUCACAAGCACCAGAGUGGGAGAUCACCCUGUGGAGCAUGGGAGACAAUGGUUAUGAACCCUACAUUUGAUGAGGGAUUAGUAUCCAUUGUAUGUAGGAUAUGUGCUAUAACAUAUAAUAUAAGGAACUUUUAUAACUCAACAGAGGAAACCUAGUUAAAAAAUGGACAAAGUGGAUUGGUGGGAUGGGAAGAGGGCUGAGCUCCUGAGAGGGCUUGCUGCACAGCCUGAUGACCUGAAUUUGGUUCCUAGAACCCACGUGAAGAAGCUGGAUUCAGCAGUGUAUGUCUGCAUUUUGAACAUUCUUAUGGUGAGAUGAGGCUAGAGACAGAAGAGUCGUCUAGAAGCUCAUGACCAGCUAGCCUUGAGUAUGGCAGAAACUAAGAGAGACCCUGCCUCAAAACAAGGUUACUGUGGACUUUAUGAAGCCAUCGAAAGUUGGGAUUUCCAAAAAAUUGAAAAGUUAGAGGAACACAGAUUACUUUUACGACGUUUACAGCCAGAAUUUAAGGCCAGAAUCAACCCAACAGAUAUUCUUUCUGAAAUGUCUGAAUGCUUAAUUAAUCAAGAAUGUGAAGAAAUCAGACAGAUCUGCUUCACGAAAGGCAUGAUGGCAGGCGCGGAGAAGAUGGUUGAAUGUCUUCUCAGAUCCGAUAAGGAGAACUGGCCCAAGGUUUUGAAAUUUGCUUUGGAGAAAGAAGACAACAAGUUUGGUGACCUGUGGAUUGUUGACGAAGGUUCCAAAAGGCUUGAAAGUAAAGCUGUUGAAGAUGAUGAUGGAAUGGAGAUGUCCAGCAUACAGAUUUUUAUACAGGAAGAGCCAGAAUGCCAGGAUCUCAGUCAAAAUCCCUGCCUACCAUCAGAAGAAUCGUGUAAUAAUUUGCACAGCUCCUUGAAACCAAGGAAUUAUCAACUGGAGCUUGCUCUGCCUGCACAGAAAGGGAAAAAUACACUAAUAUGUGCUCCUACUGGUUGUGGGAAAACCUUUGUGUCACUUCUCAUAUGUGAGCAUCAUCUUAAAAAGUUCCCACAUGGACAAAAAGGGAAAGUGGUCUUUUUUGCUAACCAAAUUCCUGUCUACGAACAGCAGGCAACUGUGUUCUCUCGCCAUUUUGAAAGACUUGGGUACAGUGUAGCAGGCGUUUCUGGGGCAACCACUGAAAAUGUCUCAGUGCAGCACAUUAUUGAAAACAAUGACAUCAUCAUCCUGACACCCCAGAUUCUUGUGAACAGUCUCAACAAUGGAACCAUCCCCUCGCUGUCCGUCUUCACCUUGAUGAUAUUUGAUGAAUGCCACAACACCAGUAAACACCACCCGUACAAUCAGAUCAUGUUCCGGUACCUAGAUCAAAAGCUUGGACAGUCGCCAGACCCACUGCCUCAGGUCAUUGGGCUGACUGCCUCCGUUGGUGUUGGAGACGCCAAAACCGUAGAUGAAGCCAUGUUCCACAUCUGCAGACUCUGCGCCGCCCUGGAUGUGUCCGUGAUAGCCACGGUCAGGGACAACGCGGAAGAACUGGAGCAGGUUGUUUAUAAGCCCCAGAAGGUCUUUAGGAAAGUGGAAUCGCGGACUGCAAACACAUUUAAGUCCAUCAUAUCUCAGCUGAUGAGGGAGACAGAGAAACUGGCAAAGAAUGUCUCGGAGGAACUUGGAAAGUUAUUUCAAAUUCAAAAUAGGGAGUUCGGCACCCAGAAAUACGAACAGUGGAUUGUCGCAGUCCACAAAGCGUGCAUGGUGUUCCAGAUGCCAGACAAGGAGGAGGAGAGCAGGAUUUGCAGAGCGCUCUUUCUGUACACGUCACACUUACGGAAAUACAACGAUGCUCUCAUCAUCAGUGAGGACGCACAGAUGAAAGAUGCUCUUAAUUACCUUAAAGCCUUCUUCCACGAUGUCCGAGAAGCAGCAUUUGAUGAGACCGAGCAAGAUCUUACGCGGAACUUUGAAGAGAAGCUGGAAGAACUAGAAAAAGUUUCCAUGGAUCCCAGCAAUGAGAACCCUAAACUCAGAGACCUCUACUUGAUCUUACAAGAGGAGUACCACUUAAAGCCGGAGACCAAAACCAUUCUCUUCGUGAAAACCAGAGCCCUUGUGGAUGCUUUAAAGAAAUGGAUUGAAGAAAAUCCUGCACUGGGCUUUCUAAAACCUGGCAUAUUGACUGGACGUGGCAAAACAAACCAGACAACAGGAAUGACACUCCCAGCACAGAAGUGUGUGUUAGAAGCAUUCAGAACCAGUGGGGAUAACAACAUUCUGAUUGCUACCUCGGUCGCUGAUGAAGGCAUUGACAUUGCUCAGUGCAACCUGGUCAUUCUUUAUGAAUAUGUGGGCAAUGUCGUCAAAAUGAUCCAAACCAGAGGCAGAGGAAGAGCAAGAGAUAGUAAGUGCUUCCUCCUGACGAGCAGUGCUGACGUGAUUGAAAAAGAAAAGGCGAACAUGUUCAAGGAAAAAAUAAUGAAUGAAUCCAUUUCAAGACUUCAGGCAUGGGAUGAAAUGCAAUUUGAAAAAAAGAUUCACCAGAUACAGUUGGAUGAAAAGUUCAUCAGAGACAGCCAGCACAAACCACAACCUGCCCCUGAUAAGGAGAAUAAGAAACUGCUGUGUGGGAAGUGCAAGGCCUUUGCGUGCUACACAGCUGACAUCCGGGUGGUUGAGAAAUCCCACUACACCGUCGUUGGAAAGGCUUUUAAGGAGCGCUUUGUGUCUAAGCCACACCCUAAACCAAAGGUCUAUGAUGGCUUCAAGAAGGAUGCAAAAAUAUUCUGUGCCAUCCAGAACUGCUGCCACGACUGGGGAAUUCAAGUGAAAUACAAGAUGUUCGAGAUUCCAGUCAUAAAAAUUGAAAGCUUUGUGGUGGAAGAUAUUGCAAGUGGAGCUCAGAACCGGCACUCAAAGUGGAAGGACUUCCAUUUUGAAAGAAUACAGUUUGACCCUGCAGAAAUGUCUAACUGACCUUGGGGCUCCUGAGUACAGGGAAGGAUGGCUUGGAGUGAAGAAACAAUGAACCAGUCCUUUGUCACACAAGCUUACACUGUGUCGGAAUGCCAGAUAACCUGACAUGUUUGUUCCGAGCAGUUCUUAUCCCCACGAAGCGCGUUUGCAUGAACUGGAGCACUGAAUACCUUAUUCGCCAAUAACUCAGAGCACUUGGCAGUGGGGGGGGGAUUAAAAAAAAGUCCCUUUUAUGCUUUUCAGGAUUGCCUGCCAAUGAACACACAGUCACUCAAUACAUCCGGACUGCUCAACCUGCCACAAGCUGACUUUGCCCUUAAAGGCCACCAGGCUCUUCCAGGUCUUUUUUUUUUUUUUUUUUUUUUUUUUUUUGGUUUUACGAGAAAGGGUUUCUCUGUAUUGUUUUGGAGGCUGUCGGUCCAGCCUGGCCUCGAACUCACAGAGAUCCACCUGCCUCUGCCUCCUGAGUGCUGGAAUUAAAGGCGUGCACCACCACCACCACCACCACCACCCGGCGCUCUUCCAGUUCUUGCAUUGGACUCUUUUCCUACUUUUGGCUCUGUCACACUCCUUUGGAUCCUAUUGGUUUCUGUUUCUUUCCAGUCUUUUCCCAUUGGUUUUUGUGGACAUAGUGAUUGCAAGGUUCAAUAUGCUCACAUGUAUAUAUUAAAGUGACAUAUGCCUUUAAAAUUUAAAA